CUCUUUUGCAGUGACUUUUCUCCUUCUCUCAACAUCAAUCCUGCCUCCAAAAAGGUGAAGGUGCCCUUCCAGAGGACUGACGGCUCAAAGCUGGUUUGCAGAAUUGUCGAGCAUUCACUUGAGUACUGAGAUAGCACGGAAAAAUGGCAGGACGUGACCAAGCGACCAACCAACUGAAGGACUACAAGGAGAAGGAAGGCACUGCCAGCAAACUAACAACCGGCCAUGGAGCCCCCAUUUCUGAGAAGCUCAACUCCCUCACGGUGGGACCCCGAGGGCCCAUUCUGCUGCAGGACAUCACAUUCCUUGACGAGAUGGCUCACUUUGACAGAGAACGCAUUCCAGAACGAGUCGUUCACGCCAAAGGAGCUGGUGCUUUUGGCUACUUUGAAGUAACACACGACAUCACCAAAUACACCAAGGCUGACAUUUUCUCUGCCAUCGGCAAGCGAACUCCACUGGCCGUGCGCUUCAGUACUGUCGGAGGCGAGAGUGGCUCUGCCGAUACUGCGCGCGAUCCUCGAGGUUUCGCCGUCAAGUUCUACACCGAAGCAGGAAUCUGGGACAUUGUGGGAAACAAUACCCCCAUCUUCUUCAUCAGGGACCCGCUCCUCUUCCCCAGCUUCAUCCACACGCAGAAGAGGAAUCCGAGCACUCACCUCAAGGACCCGGACAUGUUCUGGGACUUUAUCUCCCUGCGACCUGAAACCACCCACCAGGUCAUGUUCCUCUUUUCCGACAGAGGCACUCCUGAUGGCUACCGCUUCAUGAACGGCUACGGCUCGCACACUUUCAAGCUGGUCAAUGCCAAGGACGAGGCUGUCUACUGCAAAUUCCAUUACAAGUCUGGCCAGGGUAUCAAGACCUUGUCUUCCAAGAGGGCUGGAGAAUUGGCCUCCCAGGAUCCCGACUAUUCCAUUCGUGACCUGUACAAUGCCAUUGCUCGUGGAGAGUACCCAAAGUUCAACAUGUCCAUCCAGGUCAUGACCUUUGAGCAGGCUGAGAAAUGGAAGUGGAAUCCGUUUGACCUCACCAAGGUUUGGCCUCAUUCUGAGUUCCCUCUGAUCCCAGUUGGGCAAAUUGUCCUUGACCGCAACCCCAAGAACUACUUUGCUGAAGUGGAGCAAAUCGCCUUCAGCCCUGCCCACCUGGUGCCAGGCAUUGAGCCCAGCCCAGACAAGAUGUUGCAAGGCCGUCUGUUUUCCUACUCUGACACCCACAGGCACCGUCUGGGAGCCAACUACCUGCAGAUCCCUGUGAACUGCCCUUACCGCUCCAGGGUUUCUAACUACCAGCGCGAUGGACCCCAGUGCUUCACUGAUAACCAGGGUGGCGCCCCUAACUACUUCCCCAACAGCUUCAGUGGCCCCCUGGAGUGCCCCGUCGCCAAGGCCCCAUCCUUCAAGACUGUUGGAGAUGUGGCUAGGUUCAACAGCGCUGAUGAGGACAACUUCACUCAAGCCUCUGAAUUCUGGAACAAGGUCCUUAACGCCGACGAGCGCACCCGUCUGGUAGAUAACAUCGUUGAUCACUUGAAGGAUGCUGCCGACUUCAUUCAGGAUCGAGCCAUCAAGAACUUCUCUCAGGUGGACGCAACCUUCGGCCAGCGUCUCCGGGAUGGAGUCAACAAGUUUAACAGCACUUCUCGUCAGUCGGCCAAUUUGUAAAGCACAAACGGCACAUUCCUGGUUUAUUAUGAUGAUGGUGCUUUAUGAAAGUUUUGUCAUUAAUUGAUCAGUUCAAUUGGUGCUGGGUUUAUUUUGUUACGAAGUCAUUAUGAAGUUUUAUAUUACGCAAGGAUCCAAUGGUCUAAAUAAAAGAUUUAUAUUUUUGAAA